ACACGCAUUCCGCUGUUGCGUCUUUGGUGUUAAACAAAUGAACUGAGUCUUGACUCUUUUCUGGUAAACAAGUUUAUUGCAUAUCGAAAUCAGACCUAUCAGUUUACUUCAAUCAAGAUCUUCUAUAGUCAUCCUUAACACUGAGGCCUGCACAGAAUUGUAUAUAUUUCAAAGCAACACCUUUGUUUGGAGAAGUUACGGGACGCACGCACACACACUCCACAUGGCAACCAGACUGUACAUUAUCGGUGGUGGAGGAGGCGCACCAUUUGAAUUCCAUGGCAGGAACAACGGUGCCACCCUCAAGAAGAUCGGUGUGGCGGUGAAAGGCUGGCACGUCAAAGCUGUGCGUGCGGAGCUGACCGACGGGCGCGUGGCAACCUUUGGAAAUGCGCACACUUUCAAUGAGUUUGAGUUCGACCUCGGCGAGCACAUCACCAAGCUGUCACUGUGGGGUAACGGCGCCGGCACACGUCUGGGUGCCAUCAAGUUCACGACGAGUAAGAACCGGCAGUUCUUUGAAAAAAUGACUAGCUGGCCCCUGAAGACUGAGUACACCAUAGAUGUGGGGUCCGGAAUCUGCCUGGGGCUGGAGGGGAGUUCUGGCUCGGAUAUCGACUGCAUAGGCUUCCUCUUCAUCAACCCCAUCAAGUCGUCCGUGCUGACCGACAUGGAGUAUCCCACCCUGUCCCUCCUCAAACCCCAGGUGACCCCAGAAUAUGUGAGGUCCGUGUCUCACCAAAACGACACGUCCUUGGUUCAAGAAGAGUCCAUUGCAUACAGCAAGACCGUGACUAAGACUUCCUCCUGGUCGGUCAGCAACAAGAUAGAGUCCACCUUGAACGUGUCGGUCAAAGCGGGGAUCCCGGAUCUGGUCGAGGUGUCAUCAGGGUUCAGCUUGACCGUGGGAGUGGAGCAUUCCACCAGUCUGGUGAAGACAGAGACCAUAACAGAAGCGGAUACCAUCCAACUGAAGGUCCCGCCAUGGAAGACCUUGGAUGUUGAAGUCACAGUGGGGAGAGCAAAUAUCGACCUCGACUACAGGGCCACAGUGAAAGUCACCUGCAUGAAUGGCAGCCAGCUGGUCUUCCCAUCCAACGGCACCUACAAUGGUGUGACUUACACUUCAGCGAAGGUAUCCAUAAAGGAGAGAUGAGUCAAGUGUAUGACAUCAUGAAUAAUAAGCACAGUGAUAGAAUUUGACACCAUUGCUGAUUCUUUGUGUGCUCUUUCUGUUAUUAUGAUCAUCUUUGAGUGAUUCUGAUUGAACCCAGUUGACUCAGCUCUUUCUGUUAUUAUAAUCAUCUUUGAGUGAUUCUGAUUGAACCCAGUUGACUCAGCUCUUUCUGUUAUUAUGAUAAUCUUUGAGUGAUUCUGAUUGAACCCAGUUGACUCAGCUCUUUCUGUUAUUAUGAUCAUCUUUGAGUGAUUCUGAUUGAACCCAGUUGACUCAGCUCUUUCUGUUAUUAUGAUCAUCUUUGAGUGAUUCUGAUUGAACCCAGUUGACUCAGCUCUUUCUGUUAUUAUGAUCAUCUUUGAGUGAUUCUGAUUGAACCCAGUUGACUCAGCGCUUUCUUUCUUUCUCAGCAGAGGGUAUAACAACGGGUGGGUCAUUCCUACAAUCCGGUGCCUUUUGUGUCCCAUGACAUGUUAACACAUAUUUUGUAUGAAUUAUUGAACCAAAUUCAUUACAAAAAUGUUUAUUAUAUGGUUAGUCCCCCAUUUACCAUAAGAAACAAUGUUAUGUAACUAUAACUUCAUUUCAUGAAUAAUAAACCAUUUGUCUUGUGUGUCAGUAAGCUUU